AAAAGAUGAUACUGUAUGCAGAGAAUAGAAUGUGCAGAUACAGAACAAGAAGAUUUGUGAGGGGGUGAGAGAGAGAGAGAGGAAAUCUUAAAUCUCUGACUAAAGAGGCAUGAGAUCCAAUACAAUUAUUCCAUGAAAAUCUCCAAACCCCUUUUUCCUUGAGUCCACAUGGGCGGCACGGCAUGUGCAAUUCUAUAUUAGGCCUAAUCGGUUUCAAUUCAGCAACAUCUGUUUUUAUCUUCACGUGCUCUGUUUCUGCUCUGCUCUGCUCUGCUCUCAAUAUAUUGAUUCUCUUUGUCUUUUCCUCUGCAAUUCUCAUCUUUCUAGGCAAUUAGCUCAAUUCUGGGUUUUUUUGAUUUAGUGAUCAGAGAGAGUUUGAUUAGUUCUCUUUGUGGGUACCUACGUUUGUUUGUUGGGUUCUCAAUGGAAAACAAGAAGCAAGUGGGUUCAUCAAAAUUUUCAUCAUUCACUACAGAUCUCUUUGGUGCCAAGGACUCGUCAUCCCCACCGUCUUCCACUGGGAUUUUCGCUUCUAUUUUUCCACCUCCAUCCACGGUUGUAGGGAGAAACUCCUCAAACUCUGAGCUCAUUGGAUACAAGCAAAGGCAGUCUUCGGGGAGUCAGGCGUGGAACGCCAAACAAGGAACUGCAGAUUAUAUGACUAAAAACAGUGAAGGAGCAAGUAGCUGUGCAUACAACAAGGAAAGAAGUCCAAUCUUUCAGGAAAGAGUAGAACCAUGUCCUCUAAGUUCAUCUCUCUACUAUGGUGGGCAAGAAGAUAUGUACGUUCAGUCUUCAAGUGCUCAAACGUCAGCAUCGUACCCUCCGUUCAAAAAAGAUGGGGCAGAAGAUGAUCCCAAUGGAAACAGUUCAUAUACUGCUUCUAGAGGAAAUUGGUGGCAAGGGUCACUUUAUUAUUAAGACUUUGCUCCCAAGGAAUUCCUGAAACAGUGGAAGCAGUUUGAUUUGGAUUUCCUUUUAUGGAGGAUAAGUACUAGUCGUAGAUAGCUUCCUGUGGACAGAACUUGGAGCUUUUAUCAUGGGUUCUCCCAGUCACAUGGAACAAGGACUUUAUAUAAUAGGGUUGUGUUUUUUAUUUUUCUUUCCAAAUUAUAGUUUUUGCUUGAAAAGAUGGUUAAGAGAUGGGGGUAACACUUGUUACUGCUCUCUACUCCACUCCUUAUGUAAUUGAUUGGGUUUAUGGUGUUUUAAGAACUAGUAAUUAAUGAGUUUAUCAGGU